CUGUUCUGUUUAAUAAAAGUUUCGAAAUCAAUUUUCGUAGAAAAACAUAAAGUCUUUUAAGCUAAUCGGCUUUUAAUUCUGUUGGCCCAGAUGUAAACCAUUUCCAUGCUGAUUUCCAAAAAUACCGAAAUGUAGUUCAAAGUGAUGCCCCCGUAAUGCAGUUAAUGCUAUCAAUGAUAAUAUGGGCGCCCAUUAUUUAGUUCCCGUCACACACGAGAUUGCUCAAAAUGGCGCUCCAAUGCAGCGGAGCGAGACAACCAGAGAGACGGUAGAGCAGCAACCAAUGCCAAGACAGCAGAUUAAAGAGCGCUAGCCAGAGAGAUCAGUCUGAGAGAGAGUGGGACAGAGUAAGAGAGACUGAGAGUGAAACAGGUCGGGUGAGUACCUGAGACGACGGCAUAGAACCAAAUCGAGACGAGACAAAAAAAAAAAAACUCAACCGACCGGAUUCGACUAGCAGCGAGUUAGGGGCAACUGGAAUUUAGAGCGCAACAGUUUCAAUCUGAACAGCAAAGCGAACGGUUCGUUGACGUUCAAAGAAAGAGUGAUCGCAUUCUACAUCAUAUAACGAGAGAAUUUAGAGUGAGAUCCUAAACGCAUUUAGUUAAAUUCUACUUGGAGUACAUACAACAUAUAACAUACACUAUGUUGGCACUCUCGAACAUUGCCGAUCUGCGGCUGCAGCAGCAAAUCGCCCAUGAGAUAUAUCGCCAGCAGAUUAUGCAACGUCUACCAGAUCCACUGUGCGGUAUGUUUGCAUCACAUUUUGCAGCAGCUCCUUCGCUGCCACCGCCACCGCCACCUCCGCAACCCUCGCUGCCUGGCGUCUCGGCCAAGCUGGAAAACAAUGAACUGUGGCAACAAUUCCACAACAUUGGCACUGAAAUGAUCAUCACCAAGAGCGGCCGACGCAUGUUUCCCUCGAUGCGUGUCUCGCUCUCUGGCCUCGAGGAGGAGACCAACUAUUGUGUGCUGCUGGAGAUGGUGCCCAUUGGCGACUGUCGUUACAAGUUCUCCGGCUCCCAAUGGGUGCCAGCUGGCGGAGCCGAGCCACAGAGUCCACAGCGCAUGUAUCUGCAUCCGGAUAGUCCAGCUACAGGCAAACACUGGGAGUCACAGUCGCUGCUCUUCAGCAAAGUCAAGUUGACGAACAACACGCUGGAUAACAAUGGACAUAUCGUUUUGGCCAGCAUGCACAAGUAUCAGCCACGUUUGCAUAUCGUACGUGCCGCAGAUCUGUCGCAGCUGCAUUGGGCGCCACAACAGGCCUUUGUCUUCCCCGAGACAGAGUUCAUUGCCGUAACAGCUUAUCAGAAUGAUCGCAUCACCAAGCUGAAGAUCGACAACAAUCCCUUUGCAAAGGGCUUUCGAGAGACCGGGCAAUCACGCUGCAAGCGCAAGCUCAAUGAUUCCCCGCCACCUGCUUCGACAAGUGGCUCUGAAGCUGGAGCCAGUGUGGAGCUGACAAUUUCGCCGUCGGCGAAACGUCUGCGUCUAGCAGAACAGCGUCCUCAACCGUCCGCUGCUGGCUUCGUUGUGCCGCCUCAUUAUCUGCUGGAUACACUGGAGACCAAUUGCUAUCUCACAGCGUCAGCACCUCAAACACAUCGCAUUGAUUAUGCCAGCCACAUCGCCAGCUAUCCAAGUUGGGCUUAUGCGCCGCCAUCGCCAGAUACGUCGUGUGCCUCCUCCUCUGUUUCAUCCUCCGCAUCUUCCUCAAGUUGCGACUCAGACACCGAUACCAUUGUGGACGUUGUGGGCAAUGCCACAAGCAAUGCGGAGCCCGAGUCGAUUAGCCAAGUCACCACAGCAGCUGCUCCGCCAAAGCCAAAACGCAGCAGCUUUAGCAUCUUGGACAUAUUAGGCGCGACAGUCGCUCCGUCUAGUUAGUUUAGUUGAGUUUAGUUUUGCAGUUUUGCUCCCAUUUCAGCGGUUGCUCCUCACAGUGCCUUAUACACAUUUAAUUAGCGUUUAGUUACCGAGUGUUUAAAUUGUGAUAUUUUGCAGUUCAUUAAGAUUUCCAGGUAUUUACCAUCAGUAUUUAUCUUAAGUAUUUAUUAUGUAAUUUUAAUUGUUUGAAAUGAUUUCGUAAUGGAUUUAUUGUCUUUGGCAUUUUAAUGCGAGUAAAUAAAGAAUUUUUA